AAUUACAUGAUGAAAUACUAGAAAUUAGGGAUCAAAUAAGUGUUAGAAAGUGUAAUUCAUGGCGGCUAUCGGAGCAAUACCGGAUAUUAAUGGCCUCAAACAGAAAAGCCGAAGGUCAUUUGUAACACUUAUUCUGACAGUUCUUACGAGUUCACAAUCGAUUCUCAUUGUGUGGUCGAAGAGAGCUGGGAAGUAUGAGUACAGUGUAACCACUGCAAAUUUUCUGGUAGAGGCAUUGAAAUGUGCGUUGUCGCUUGCGGCCUUGGUAAGAAUCUGGAGAAAGGACGGCGUUACUGAUGACAACAGGUUGAGCACUACGUGGGAUGAAGUUAAAGUGUACCCAAUUCCCGCUGCACUUUACCUUGUCAAGAAUCUACUUCAGUAUUACAUUUUUGCGUAUGUAGAUGCUCCUGGAUAUCAGAUACUGAAGAACUUGAAUAUUAUCAGCACCGGCAUAUUGUAUCAAAUUAUUCUUAAAAGGAAGUUAACUGAAAUUCAGUGGGCUGCUUUCAUUCUACUUUGUGCUGGGUGCACCACUGCACAGCUUAAUCCUAGUUCUGAUCAUGUUCUUCAGGCUCCUUUACAAGGUUGGGUUAUGGCUAUUGUAAUGGCCCUUUUGAGUGGGUUUGCAGGAGUUUACACAGAGGCUAUAAUUAAGAAGAGACCUUCAAGAAAUAUUAAUGUUCAGAACUUCUGGUUGUAUGUCUUUGGGAUGAUCUUCAAUGCUUUUGCAAUAAUGACUCAAGAUUUUGACGCAGUCAUGAAUGAUGGGUUCUUCCAUGGAUAUUCACUGAUUACGGUUCUCAUGAUUCUCAACCACGCACUAAGUGGUAUUGCAGUAUCAAUGGUGAUGAAGUAUGCUGACAAUAUUGUGAAGGUCUAUUCAACUUCAGUUGCGAUGCUACUGACUGCAGUUGUUUCUGUAUUUCUAUUUGGGUUUCACCUUUCCCUUGCCUUUUUCCUUGGUUCCACUGUUGUUUCUGUAGCGAUAUAUUUACACUCGACUGGAAAAGCCCGAAGAUAACAACUGAGUUCACCUUCUGAGUUCUCUUGGUAAAACCCAAUAGGCAUCCUACUCCAAGUUCUGUUCGAUUUUUUCUUGCCAAAAGUGUUAGCAGACAACUAUUUAUACUACAGCAGCUUAAGAGUUGGCCCUGUAUUUAUCCUUGGAGUGGAGUUGGCAUUUAAAUUUGGGAUUGAAGGAUACUUUUGAUUGAUUA